AUGGCUCCAGUCCAUGGUCAUUUUUCAGAGUCAUUGUGGAGGAGGGAGAUCCCUGUUCUCUCGGCAGCAAAGAAGGUAGAUCAUUUUCUGGGUCGGGGUGUGAGACCAGAAGAUGAACCCAAUAUAUCAGAUGAGAGUGGAACUGGAACUGGAACUGGAACUGAAACUGAAACAGGGAAUGAAACUGAAACAGGAGAUCAAGAAAGUCCCUGGUCCCCGGAAAUGUGCAUUUGUCAAAGACGAUGGGAUUCCAAUAAUUCUAGGCAGUCUUCUCCUCAUCUGCCUGAGGGAGAGAAAGGAUUCUACGUAAGACAAGGCGUGCCACUGUUUAAGGCGACACUAAAUGGUGACAGGGAAAAGACGCAACAAAUUCUAAAUCGAAAUGAAAGAACACUUCUACGUUCCAGCCUCACGGAGGGACAUGAAACAGCUCUUCACGUUGCGGUAGGAGCAAGACAGGCUGCCGUCGUAAAGGAAUUGGUGGGAAGAAUGGAAUCGCAAGACUUGGAACUGCGAGAUGGCAGAGGGAACACUGCCUUGUGCGUCGCGGUCGCGACCGGUAGUGUUAAAAUUGCAAAGAUUUUGAUGGAAAAGAAUGCAGAACUUGCAUUCAUCCGAGGUGCCGAUAACAAGACACCACUCUACAUUGCUGCGCUAAAGUCAUCAAAAGAUCUUUACUGGAACUUGGGAUUAAAUUUUGCAGAUUUAGCCAUCAAAAUCUUGAAAGUCCUUAGAGACCUAGCGUGGGCACGUGAUUCUGAUGAUGAAACAGCCUUGGGAAUACUGGCUCGAAAGCCUUCAGCAUUUGCUGGCGAGAGUUCAACACCAAAAACACUCAUAGCCAAGUGUUUUGGGACCAAUACAAUCUCUAUGCAAAACACAGCCAUCGAACUAACGAAACUCCUUUGCGAGACAAUGUCAUCAGACGAACGCAAAUCCUUUGGAGAAACAAUUGAUCACGCUUCUAAAUUAUUGUUUGAGGCAGCAAGAUUGGGGAAUUAUAAAUUCUUGGCUGUGCUUAUCGGCUCUUUUCCUGAUUUAAUCUUCAGAAAGGAUGAAACGAACAAAAGCAUAUUUCACAUUGCUGUUUUGCACCGCCAUGCUAGCAUCUUCAAUCACAUUCAUAAUUUGGGCUUACAAAAGGACCUGAUAAUGCUGUACCGGGUUCGUUACCCAGACCAAGAGAAUACUAGUAUUAUCUAUAUCAUGCUACAUUUAGCAGCAAAACUACCAUCCUUGGAUCGGCUCAGUAUUGUAUCAGGUGCAGCUCUUCAAAUGCAACGGGAGCUAUUAUGGUUUAAGGAAGUGGAAAAUUUGACACAACCAUCCGAGAGAGAAAAGAGAGAUUCAAGAGAUAAAUUAACACCUCGAGAGCUAUUCACCAAGGAGCAUGAAGAAUUGCGGAAAGCCGGAGAAAAAUGGAUGAAGAGCACUGCUCAAUCAGGCAUGAUUGUGGCUACACUUAUUACCGCAGUUGUAUUCACGACAGCCUCCAGCGUGCCAGGCGGUACUAAUGAUAAGGAUGGAACUCCUAGAGACAUAACCAAAACCAUGUUUCACGUGUUUGCUGUGUCAGAUAGCGUUGCAAUGUGCUCUUCCAUUAUCUCGACGCUGAUGUUCUUGUCCAUCAUCACUUCACGUUACGCCGAGGAGGAUUUUCUGGUUCGAUUACCCUUGAAAUUAGCAGCUGGACUCACAGCACUUCUAGUCUCCAUGAUGGCCUUGAUGGUAUCUUUUAGUGCAAUCUACUUUCUAAAUUAUUCCCAAUUAAGUAAAUUGAAGUGGGUUCCUGUUUUGACUUCUGCAUUGUCAUUCCUACCGGCUGCUUUAUUCGUUUUGCUUCAGUACCAUCUUCUUCAUGACGUAUUCCGAUCAACUUUUGGUUCAAAACACAUAUUUCGGCCGGAUAAAUCCACAUUUUAG